AUGUAUAAAACAAUUUAGAAAUUAGGAGAUGGAGUUUUUGGAAGUGUAACUAAGGCUCUUGAUGAACGAACCUAAGAGUUUGUAGCUAUUAAGUCUUAUAGAGACAAUUCAGUUCGAGAUGAAAGUAAAAUAAAAGAGAUCCAAAUAUUAAAAAAAUUAAACCAUCCCAACAUCAUAAAAUUAAGAGAUGUGAUAAAAUAAAACAAAACUAUAGCUAUAGUACUUGAUUUUUCUGAGAGAAAUUUAUUACAAUACUAUAAAUCAGUCAAGGAGAAAAAUAGAACUUUAUGCGAAUAACAAAUUUAAAGCAUUGUUUAUCAAAUAGCAAGUGCUUUAAAUUAUUUACUUACAUAAGGUUAUUUACAUAGGUAACAGAAUAGUUAUUGAUUGGAUAGAGACUUGAAACCUGAAAACAUUAUGAUUUAAGAUAAUGGAAUAGUGAAAUUAAUAGAUUUUGGACAAGUCACAUACUAAAAUGAAUAACAUACUGAUUAUGUAUCUACAAGAUGGUAUAGAGUAUUAUAUUUAUUUGAUUAUUUAAGUCUCCAGAACAAAUAAAAUAAUUACCAUAUAAUCAUGAAAUUGAUAUUUGGUCUUUUGGUUGUAUUAUUGCAGAACUUUAUUUAUUGACUCCAUUAAUACCUGGCACUACUGAAAUUGAUUAACUUUAUUAAAUUUAGAAUUUGAAUCUGAAUCAAUAUUCUAAUAUUAUUCCACCUCAACCAUUAAGACUUAUAAAGAGUAUGUUGUAAGAGGAUCCAAAUUAAAGAGUGACUGCAAUAGAGAUUUUAUAGAAUAAUUGGUUAUAACAUCCAUUCAAAUUCUUGCCUAAAGAAUUAGAUAUUUAAGAUGAUUCAAAAUAUUUAAUAAGUCCUGCUUAAACACCUGCAAAAGUUUAGAAAUACUUUGAAAAAUAGGAGAAUAAUUAAAAUAUAUUGAAUCAUCAUUCUACUGGAAUGUUUAAUUUUAUAUAACCAAUAAUAUAAAACAAUAGUAAUUUCGAUGAAGAUUUAGAUUGUGGUUAUAUUCCAUCUUAUGCUACUUCAUUAUAAGGAACAUAGAAAAAGAGAGUGAUACCUCAAUAAUAAUAAUAAUUUACAAAUGAAUAAUCGAUACAAAAUACUAUAAUAGAAUAGGAACCAUAACUAUUAUAUGUAAAAACAACAAUAAAUUAGCAAUAAUAGAAUAGAUUGAAUAAAAAUUUCUUUUCUAAACCGUAUUAAUUUAUUAUUAAAUUUUUAGAUUGCUAAAUACACAAAGAAAAAAUAAUAAUUAGACUGAAAUAUAUUGA